CUUUUGUCACUUUCGCCUUCGUCCAGCAGACGAGACAGCAGACAAACAGACACAUUUUGAUGACCAGCGCAACAAGCUACGCCAUAGUUUCUUUGUUCUAUUUCUCAGCAAGAAAUACAUUUUCCUGCGUUGGAUCGUGCCCCUGUGUUGCUACCUGUUGCUGCUUGUACACUGCGAUUUGUGAUUUUGAUCUAUGUUCAAAGGGCUGAUUGCUGACUUUGACGCCCUGCCACUGUGACUUGUCGCUGCAGGUGGUCGCCAUGGACUCGCGCCGGGCGGUUCGAGAGUGGGACUCAUUCUUACGCCAGCGUGCAAAUGGCUAUCUGGAUUUCCAGGCGGCGAGGGACCUUUUGACGUACCGCUACGCUGAAGAUGAACUACCUAGGGAGAAACAAAACCGUGACGGAUCCUAUCGGGAAUGUGCAAGAUACGAAGCGGAGCGAGAAUUCUUUGACUGCUCUGCUGGAAGCCGCCGGGACGUGGAGAACCUGCUCGCCAGGAUUGUCGAUCAGCGCUACAGGGAAUACGACGAUGACUGUGACUAUGUGAGCUUGAAGGGAAUACCUGCCCGUCGGUUCAUCGCUGCUGAACGCCUGUUCCAGCGAAAGUUGAUGAUGCUCGCUGGAAAAUACCAUGUUUGCGUUGGACUAGAUGUGGGGAGCAGUAGAUCUUCUAGGAGGAGGUUCGGGCCGGUAGAGAGGUUCAGGGUUCACCACGCUUGUGAAGAAUGGCCCGAACAUGGCCGGGGUGGCUCGGGUCAGGGGCCUCUGAUCUCUUUUUCGCAGUAUGACUUUGAAUGCUCUCACCGUUCUGAAACCCCGAACUACGCGAGGCAAGUCGACGAAUACCGGGUGGGUGAUAAGUUUGCAUGGGACCUGGGUAAGUAUGCCGAUGACAGUGGACGGAAAGGCAUCGUCAGUCUGCUUGCUGACACCCUCCACCAUGACCUGCACGACAGACCGCACGAGCUCGCGAGAGUGUUCCGCGAGUUUUGCUCCAACCAUAGCGUGUCCAACAAAUGGGUCAGAAAAAUGGAAUGGGAGGACAAGAAGGAAUUCUUAAAUGCGUGCUUCCUUAUUUUGGAGUGUGAGCAGUCUCAGUGGCAGUCAGCCUUCUACAUGGCAGGUGAUCAGUGGAAGCUGGGGAUGAGUGUGUCAUUUGCACGGCUUGUCAAACUGUUAGAAGAUGACUACAUUAGUCUCAAUGACAUGUUCUUCAAAUAUGCUUUGUAUUCAAACCAGAAUUUACGGUAUAACUUUGAUAAAGUAAGAAAGACCUGUUCAGAUAUUGACCGCCUCUACCAGUCUUGCUACAGAGACCUGGACCUCGAAAACCCAGACGAGGCAUAUGACGACUUGACAUACCUUUAUGGCAAACGCAGAUAAUGGGACCUUCCGCACUGUGCGUGAAGUCCUUGAGUCCACACACAAAAUAAUUAUUUUUGUGUUCAGUACAUAAAUCAACUUUGAGGGUCGUUCUGGGCAAUUGAGGCGAAUUCACGGUCUCGGCGAUACAUUUCAAGAAUCUCUGAAGAAUGUCAACUAUUUUAACAGCAACUUUGUCGCAUUUUAAAUAAAAUAAAAGU